UUAGUCUGAAGCAUCCCAACAGAAGGGAAACCAGUAUGAAUUAUUUGAUUCACACCCACAGGUUUAUUCCUCAGAUUCAGUAUCUUUCUUUGUCACCCCUACAGAUGAUCUAUUCUGAGAGUGACCCUGGAGAGAAUCAGACCAUCUCCGAUGUAUUCAUCCUGGUGGGGUUUUCGAACCUUAACAAGCUGCAGAUCCUUCUGUUUCUGGUGCUUCUGGUCACCUACUUGGUCGCCCUCAUGGGGAACCUGCUUGUUAUCCUCUUUAUAAAGCUAAACCCCUCACUCCACACCCCCAUGUAUUUCUUCCUGGUGAACCUGUCUUUCUUGGAUAUCUGCUACACCAGCAGUGUGGUCCCUCAGCUGCUGGUUCACCUCUUGGUGGAGCAAAAGACCAUUAACAUUGCAGGCUGUGCUGCCCAGAUGUACAUCAUCAUCAUCAUGGGCCUGAUGGAAUGCUGCCUCCAAGCAGCCAUGGCGUAUGACCGCUAUGUGGCCAUAUGUCACCCCCUGCACUACAGAACUAUCAUGAGUGGCUGGGCGUGUGCACAGCUCGCAGGUGCUUCAUGGACCAUCGACAUCUCUGUGGAAGUAGCUCAGACCACAUGGAUCUUCAGCCUGCCCUUUUGUGGCUCCAGCCGCAUCCACCACUUCUUCUGCAACAUCCCACAAGUGGUGAAGAUGGCACGCAUGGACACAUCCAAAAAUAAGAUUAUGGUCUUGUCUGUGUUAGUUUUGUUCAUCAUGGGCCCUUUUUUGUUGAUAACCCUCCUAUCCUACAUGUGCAUUAUCUCCACCAUCCUCAAGCUGCAGUCAGAGGGGGGAAGGCAUAAAUCCUUCUCCACCUACUCCUCCCACCUUAUGGUGGUGACUUUGUUCUUUGGAAUGGCUCUUUUCGCCUACCUGAGGCCCAAGUCUAUCUCCACCCCAGAGAGUGAUCAAAUGAUUUCCCUUGUGAUCACAGUUGCGGCACCUGUGUUGAACCCCACAAUAUACAAUCUGAGGAACAAAGAGGUGAAGGGAGCCUUCAGAAAAACAGUAAAGAAGAGCAUCUUUUCACACAACUGA